GUUCAGCAGUAUUAAUCCCUGGACGAGCUCCCCUUGGGCUGAUGUAGCCUUUUCGUUCUUUUUUUUUUAUUUUUUUAUUUUUGAAAAAAAUCUCGACACGAAACAAUCCGCUAAAUCCCACCACAUGGACGAAAAGAAUUGCCCACGCGAUGGCAAGGUAAUCACAACCACCGCAGAAGUCUCCUUGGAUCAGCAAUCAGCUCAACUCAGCAUCGACGUGGAAAAUGCUGGUGAAAAUGUGGAUUCAGUAUCCAACCAAGACAACAUUGUCGACUGGGAUGGUCCGGAGGAUCCUCAGAACCCCCAGAACUGGACAAGCACAAAAAAAUGGACCAUCAUUAUCCUAAUAUCAACAAUCACAUUCAACCAGGCCAUGUCAUCCACCAUCUUCGCCCCCGGAGUGCCGCAGACUAUGAGAGAUUUUCACUCCGACGACCAAGCACUCGCCACUUCUCUCGUCUCCAUCUACGUCAUCGGUCUGGCCGUCGGACCGCUCUUCCUGUCUCCUCUCAGUGAGCUGUACGGACGCACGCCUCUUAUGCACGCGUCAAACUUUCUCUUUCUGAUCUCGGCCAUUGCCUGUGGGCUCAGCGUCAACAUUCCCAUGCUGUUGGUCUUCCGGCUGAUCAUGGGCGUGAGUACCAUCUCGCUGGGAGGAGGGUACGUGGCUGAUAUGAUGGAGCCUGAACGCCGUGGGCGGGCGAUGAAUGUGUGGACUGUGGGACCCGUGCUGGCCCCGGUUGUCGGACCCAUUGCGGGUGGGUUUAUAUCUCUCAAGACCAGCUGGCGAUGGACCUUCGGAUUGGUAGGCAUCAUUGGCGCUGUUUUGAUCGUUGCAUGCUUUAUAUUCCUGCCUGAGACGCACCCUCCUCGCCUCCUCGAGCUCAAGACCCGGCGUCUCCGAAAAGAAACCGGCAACCCCCAGCUGCGCUCAAAAUACGACAUAGGUCAUAGCCCUUUACAGCUACUUCGCCUCUCACUCAUGAGGCCGACUAAGAUGCUGCUGCGUUGCCCCAUCAUAGGCAUCGUGUCUCUAUUUCUCGCAAUAGCAUAUAGCUACAUGUACCUCAUGUUCACAACCUUCACCGACGUCUUCGAGACAACGUACGGAUUCAACGCCGGAGAAGCCGGCCUCGCCUAUCUCGGUCUCGGCAUCGGCUCGCUCGUCGGGCAAUACACACUCGACCUCUUUAUGAAAUGGCACAUGAAGGAGCAGCUAGCCAAGAACGGGAAGCGACAACCAGAGGAUCAACUCCCGCCUCUGGUUGCCGCCGGAUUCCUCUUGUCAACUGGGUUGUUCUGGUACGGCUGGUCUCUCGAGUACAAAGUCCACUGGAUUGUUCCUCUCAUCGGAACCUCCCUGUGUGGCAUUUCCAUCUCGUACUUCUUCCUCGCGGUCCAGACGUACCUCGUCGAGGCGUACACGCUCUACGCCGCGAGCGCGUUGGCGGCGAAUACGCUCGUACGGUGUAUUUUUGGGGUGACGGUACCUCUCGCGGGGCCGCACCUCUACAGCAGACUUGGUUUGGGUUGGGGGAAUACCUUGCUUGGUUUUCUCGCGUUGACAGUGGCGCCGGCGUCUUUGUGGCUUCUGAAGCAUGGUGAGCGAAUACGGAAUGAUCCGAGAUUCAUAGUCAAGCUGUGACUUUCAUCUUGCGUUUUAAGAUUAUCUUUAGCUACCGCAGAGUUGUGUAUAAAUUAUAGUGGCGCAUGUGGAACAAUCUCACUCAGCCAUUUAAACAGGA